AUGUCACCUCCCAAGUAUGGUUACAGAUUUACAGCAAAAACUGAAAGCUGCACUGUGGGGGAUGAAGUGAAAGCCGUCCGAGCCCGCCGCCGUCGAGCUGAAGAGCGACAGGCCAGACUGAAGAAGAGAUCGCAUCACUGGAUCUACCGCGACGAAGCCACAGAUGGACAGGAAACACAGUUCCGCGUGGAAAUAUACGGGAGGAAUACCGAGGAACAGAGCGGAGAGCAGCAUCUGAUAGUGUCCUCCCACGGCGAGCCCACUCCACCCACCUCCCACGGCGAGCCCACUCCACCCACCUCCCACGGCGAGCCCACUCCACCCACCUCCCACGGCGAGCCCACUCCACCCACCUCCCACGGCGAGCCCACUCCACCCACCUCCCACGGCGAGCCCACUCCACCCACCUCCCACGGCGAGCCCACUCCACCCACCUCCCACGGCGAGCCCACUCCACCCACCUCCCACGGCGAGCCCACUCCACCCAAAAUGAUUCAAGACACAUUUACUUUUUGUAACAAAGUCAUGAAACUGGUGGAUGACUUCAGGUCUUGUUAUCAGGAUGGAAGCUUUCCAUCACACAACUUGGGUUAA